CUGUACGGUUAAUGUACGUACAAGUUAGAUUUAAUGUGUUCAUUAAAUACCAUGUUUUGUUCUACCGACUUGGGAGAAAUAACUUGGAUUUUUAUUACUCAUAUUUCUUUGAGAUUGUGAAGUUUACGCCCGUCUCGAUUGCUACAAAAGCCACUAAACAGCAACAAUAACAUAGUAUAAAGAGUCUACAUUGAAGUAUUUACACAGCUUGGCCUACGAACAACAAAUAACAAACGAUUCAAAUAACUAACUACAAGGAGUUUAGUAGUUCACGAUAACUUGGUUAAACGUAUUGUUGUGAAUAUUAAAACAGUUUAAAUAUAAUAUUGGCUGCACAAUGGGACUUUCAACGUUCAUGUUGACCGCCUUCUUAGUCGUUAUGACUAGUGGAUUUAAUUAUGGCCACUUCUUUUUAGCUGGCUGGCCAGGAUGGCCCACAGGAGACAAUCCUUUUGCAGGAUACCAUUCACCUAUGCUGACUUCAUUACGUUUCGGUCCAAUCUCAAUGCCGAAUCCUGGCAUUCCAAAGUUCCCCACGAUCCCAUCACCAACGUUCCUAUUUCCUUUCCCAACUAUGCCAACAUUCCAAUCUAUACAAGAUAUGGUAAAAACAAUGCCAAACAAGGGCUCUUACUCUGGCGUGGUAGUGAGCACCCAGACAGAAUCGAAAAUGAAAGAUGAUGGUACUCUGGUCAAAAAGGGCGGUUCUACUAUUUUGAUCAACGACGACGGAAAAGUUACGGUGCAUACCACUGGAAACAACCCACCCGACUUAAACCAGAUAAAGCCGACGACAAUAACACUACAUCAACAGAAAUAUAACUUCCCCCCGUAUAAGUUUAGGCCAAUUAGACCAUUUAAGUUGAAGAACGUGUUCGAUAGUUUUGAAAACUUCCAAAAUUUCGACGAUUUUCCCAAAUUUCCCGAAAUAAAGCCGAUUGACUUUGAUAUUAUCAAGACUUAUCAGCCUGGAAACGGGGAGAACUUCCGAGGUCAUUCCAUCAUCAGCAACUCAUACUCGACUAAUAACAAUGGCCAGGUAUCACAAGGAGGCCACAUAGCAGUCGUACAAAAUGAUAACGGACAAGUAAAAGAAGAAAAGAUAGUUUUUUGAAAAAAAGAAUAAUUACGAAAAUUUUGUACUCAUCAUAUUUCUAUGUUUCAUUGUUAAUUCAGCUUUAUUUCUGAAGAAUCAAGUUGUUUUUUGAGUAAUCAUGUUUUGUUCUUUUCUUUAUUAAAUUUUUAAAGCGAUCAUGUCUUGUC